AUGUUUCAUGGAGCGACCACAGGGUUCCCCCUUUCCUCCCCACUUCCCCCAUCUCCCCCACUUCCCCCAGUUCCUCCCCACUUCCCCUAUUUCCUUCCCACUUCCCCUAAUUUCCUUCCCACUUCCCCCAUUUCCUCUACUUCCCCCAUUUCCUUCCCACUUCCCCAUUUCCUCCACUUCCCCCAGCCUCCCCACUUCCCCUAUUUCCUUCCCACUUCCCCCAUUUCCUUCCCACUUCCCCCAUUUCCUCCCCACUCCCCCCAUUUCCUCCCCGCUUCCCCUAUUUCCUUCCCACUUCCCCCAUUUCCUUCCCACUUCCCCCAUUUCCUCCCCACUCCCCCCAUUUCCUCCCCGCUUCCCCCAUCUUCUCCCCACUUCCCCCAUCUUCUCCCCUUUUCUCUCCCACCUAUUCACAGAUCCCUGGGUGAUGACCCAUGGGUGAUGGUGAGGGUGCCGCAGGGAGCAGAGCAGGUGCCAGCGUCUCAGCCCAAUGCUGGCAGCGUGGGAGGCAGGAACCAGAUGCACCGCAUGCUGCAGCGUCAGCUGUUCAUUAAGGAGCAGUGGCAGAAGGUUAAGGAGCAGCAGAAGGAAGCUUUGAAGCGACGAGAUGAGGAGAGGCGGGCGAGAUGGAAGGCUGGCGCUGCGAGGGCGAGGGAGUGGCGGGAAAGACAACUUGCAGCAGCAGGGGGGGGAGAAGGAGGAAGGGAAGGGACGGGAGGGACUGCCUAA